AUGACGAUCACCUUACAAGAUGUGGCAGGCAUCUUGGGCUUGCCGAUCGACGGUAUUGUCGUCAUCGGAUCGACCUCUGAGGAUUGGCACGCUGCUUGUGCUGGUGUUUUUGGACAUGUUCCAAAGGCCGGUGAGUUCCAUCAUUCUGGCGACCUCCGCAUCUCAUUCUUGGAUCGACAUUAUACCCGGUGGACUGAUCAUGAAGGGAAUCAUGCUGCCGAGAUCUACUUCACAAAAGCUCACAUUGCGCGGAUGUUGGGGACUUGGUUGCUGGCGGACAAGUCUGGAGGUAGCAAUUUUGGUUGUCGGCUUGUCCCGUUGCUAGGUGGAGGAUUUGAGGACAUUGGCCGAUUCGGCUGGGGAUCUGCAGUUUUGACACACUUGUUCAGGAAUUUGUGUGAAGUGACAGAUGCCCGUCGAAGCGACAUGGGUGGUUGCCAUAUUCUCCUUCAAAUUUGGGCAUGGAUACGAUUCCCACUCAUUGCUCCACCCCUUCCUCCUCAUCCACAGCCGGGCACACAUUAUGGAUGCCGGUAUGAUUUAUUUACUUUAUUUGAUUUCGAUAAUGUUUAA